GAGCCGCCGUGAGGGCAGCGCCAUGCGAGCGGCCGGCGCUCCGGCCAUGCUGCGCGGCGGCGGGCGGAGAGAGGGGCGAGGGGAGGAAAGGGCUGUUUACACAGACUGCAAACCGCCUGGGGAAUAAUGCAGGAAAGGAAGUGAGCCGGCUCGCUGUCUGACUGCCCUGACUUCCUGCUCGCUCUCUCUCGCACAGACACACACACACACACACCGACAAAAAAAAAAAAAAAAAAAAAGAGAAAAAAAGAGAGAGAGAGGAGAGAGGAGGGGGGGAUCGGGAUCUCGUUACAAGAGCAACAGAGCGCUCGCGGAGGACUGUCAGCAUGGGCAGCCGGGGGGUUUUACCCAGCUCCCUCUAAAGCACCGGGAGGCACCGGGAAAGCCCCGCAGGCUCUGGGUAUGGAGAGUGCAAUCACGCUGUGGCAGUUCCUUUUGCAGUUGCUGCUAGACCAGAAACAUGAGCACCUGAUUUGCUGGACGUCUAAUGAUGGCGAAUUCAAGCUACUCAAGGCAGAAGAAGUGGCUAAGCUGUGGGGACUCAGAAAAAACAAAACUAAUAUGAAUUAUGACAAGCUGAGCCGAGCGCUCAGAUACUAUUAUGACAAGAACAUCAUCAAGAAGGUGAUCGGACAAAAGUUCGUGUACAAGUUUGUCUCGUUCCCUGAGAUUUUAAAGAUGGAUCCACACGCCGUGGAAAUCAGCAGGGAGAGCCUUUUGCUGCAGGACAGCGACUGUAAGAUGGCCGCCGAGGGCAGGGAGGCGCACAAGCACAGCUUGUCGGCACUGAAGAGCACAAGCCGCAAUGAGUACAUCCACUCUGGCCUCUACUCCUCGUUCACCAUCAACUCUCUGCAGAACCAGCCAGACACUUACAAGCCAAUCAAAACAGAAAAGCUGGAGGAGAAGUCAGAAGGGAACACACCGGUCGAAGAAGUGCGGACUGUCAUAAGAUUUGUGACAAACAAAACAGACAAACAAGUUAUGAGGCCCAUGGUGUCGUUGCCUUCCACCUCCGAAACAGCAGCUGCCUCUGCUUUUCUCAACUCGCCCGUAUCAGCCAAAAUCUCUUCCUUAAUGCUACCAAACAGUGCCAGCAUUUCAUCUCCAUCGUCAUCUUCCUCCAGGUCGCCGUCCCUGUCUCCCACCUCGCCCCUCCCUGCGGAGCACAGGAGCCUCUUCCUUGAGUCCAGUUGCCACGACUCAGAUUCCCUUGAGCCGCUGAACCUCUCCUCAGGCUCCAAGGCAAAAUCGCCAUCUCUUCCCCCAAAGGCUAAGAAACCCAAAGGCUUGGAAAUCUCAGCCCCACCUAUGGUCCUAUCCAGCACUGAUAUCGGUUCCAUUGCCCUCAACAGCCCUGCGCUUCCUUCAGGAUCCCUGACUCCAGCUUUCUUCACUGCACAGACCCCAAAUGGAUUAUUGCUGACCCCAAGCCCGCUGCUGUCUAGCAUUCAUUUCUGGAGCAGCCUCAGUCCCGUUGCUCCUCUGAGUCCUGCCAGGCUGCAGGGACCAAACACUCUGUUCCAGUUUCCAACUCUGCUAAAUGGUCACAUACCAGUGCCACUCCCCAGUCUGGACGGAGCCUCCUCUCCAGUACUGCUUUCUCCAAACUGCUCAGAAAUCCUGAUGAUGCCUCAUUGCGUUAAGGACUUUUUGGUGGAUUUAACACUUCAUUCCUAUGGGCUAGUUUUUCCUGUGUCAUGAGAAGGACAUUGUGAAACCCUCUAUUACUUUGGUUUGCACUUUUCAUUACAUGGAUAAUCUACUUUUAUUAUGUUAGCAUUUUUUAAACAGUGUUUAUAUAUAAAAAUAUAUAUAAAUCUGUUUUGCAUUAAAUGAAUUAUAAUUUUUUUUAUAUCAUAGCUCUCAAGUGUUGAACACUUCUGUUGUUGAUGAAGUACUUUUUGUAAUGGAUUGCAACAAUGUAUCUAAUAAGGAUGUGAAGCUUCUUUUUAAUACCUUUUUCUGCAUAUUAUGCAUUGUGCUUGUGUAAACUAUAACCGGCUGUGCCUUCUUUUGCAUAAUGUCAUGUAAAUGAUUUAUAUAUUUUCUAGUAUUAAGAUAAAAAGUUGAAAGACAAAACUAGUAUUGAACAGCCCUAUGGUAGUAUUUCAGUAUUUUCUCCACGGAUAGGCUGUAUGAUGCAGUGUAUUCAUGUAACUUUGUAUUAAGUGCUUUCAAAUUGUAUAAAAAUAGCCUUAUAAUUUUUCUUUGCUGAAGUGAAAAACGUAAUAAAUGUUACAGUCAGGAGAUGUAUUUAGGAGUAACAAAGCCACAUUUACGCCCAAAUUCUUCUGUGGAGUUGCAACAGGGAGGAACUGGGCUUUGUGUAUUCACAAAACAUUUCCAGCAUUUGAAAACACUUCUGUAGAAAAGAAGAACGUUGCUCAGAAUUUAUUUGGCAUAUACUUCUUACGAACUGUCGACAUUACAGCUGGAAAGACUGCAGGUGAUCUCUGUCCUCCCAGGGAAUGAGGAUCGUUCCCGAUAGAGAAUUUCCAGGUGCUUUGUUCAGUCGUGCCAAGUGCCUUCUACCAUUUCCCUGGAAAGAUUCUUCCAGCUACUAAAGCUGAGAAGGUCACAUUUCCCCUUCCCCGAAAGCUGGAAAAGUUACAGGACUGUAAAUUAAUGUCUGGUGCUUGUAAGGAGGCAUACUGUACAUGUGGGAUGUUUAUGUAUAAACAUCUGAAUUCUGGAUUAAAAAACAGCACUGUGUUACCAUAUACUUGCAACUUGAACCUACGAGGUAUGUCCUCUACCUUGAGGUGAUGCUUUAGUCAUCUAAAUGUCAGGUUAGGAUGAGGCUAGACUCCCUGGCACCACAGAUUCUAAUCUUGGCAGGGCUGAUGCAAAUCGUCCGUUUUCUGAGGUGGCUAAAUUGGAUUGAACGCCGUUUUACCAUGUAGGUCUUUCAGAUGAGACCUUCAAAAACCAAACCAAAAUCAGGAUCCUGUUUGCUACAGGUCAUUAGAGCCUCUACUUUGUUUUCUGGCCAAGCAGCUGGUCAAAAGUCCAUUCGUUUUGAAACCUAUGCAGUGAGUUGUCUGCUGAUUUUCUGCUUGGAUGCAUUUCAGUGAUGAUGUGUGUAGUUAAUUGUAAAGUGCUUUUGGAUCCUUCUACCUGAAAGGUGCUAAAUAAACAUUUUAUUACUGCA